GUGCCACUCUAGUCAUGGCGGAUCUCCGGCAUGACUGGGGCAGCGGGGCUCCUGAAACGUGCGGUCUGGAGCAGAUUUUGGAGGCGUUGAAGCUGCUGCUGAGCCCGGGAGGAUCAGGCUCCAGUUCACUGCAGAUCACAAAACACGAUGUCUUGUUGGCUACUUUAAAAUCUAACCUGUCUGCUUUGGAGAAAUGCCUGAAGGAGCCUCACUGGAAGAAACUGCAACUGCUAAGGGAGGAAAUGGCCAACAAGGCAGAAUGGCCGCAGAGCUCUGUGGACGUCACCUGGAGUUUCACCUCUCAGGCCUUGCUGUUGCUCCUGUGCUUGAAGGAAACCAUGCUGCGCCUGGCAGCCGAUUUCAGUCCAGGUAAAGCCGACCCCCGGACUCCGGAAGCCGCCCCGGCCCUGAGCCCAGAUACACUCAGUAUCUCCCAGCAGAAGACCAUCCAGUCAGUUUUACAGUUUGUAGUCACCUUGGGGGUCUGUCCUUACCUCAUGCCUGGUGUCGGAGUCCCUUUGAGAUGCAGGACGGAGUUUGGGGCUGUUGUUCAAGACGUGGUGUGUCUCGAUGCUGCCCCCGGUGCCACCCGGAGACUGUAUGCCAGCUGCAGGGUCCUCCUAGAUGUUGCUCAGCACGCCUCUCUGGGGAGCCUGAUUUUCUGCCGCCAUUUCGGGGAUAUCGCCGCUGGUCUGUGCCAACUGGGAUUCUGCCCAACCAAGAGAAAACCACUAAAGUCCGAGGAAGAGGAGAUAACUGAAGAGGAAAGAGCCAUGUCUAGGAAGGCCCUGAGAGACAUCUUGGACCAAGUGUAUCAACCAUUAGCAGUUCGAGAGUUGCUUAUCCUCCAGGGAGGGCCGCACCAGUCCAGCACAGAUAUGAAGACACCAGUUAGGUGUCGGGCCCCAGCCUGGCUUCGGCGUCUCUGUGGGCAGCUGCUGUCUGAAAGGCUGAUGAGACCCGCCGGUGUUCAGGCAGUGGUCCGGGGCAUUCUGGAAGGAGCAGGUGCGGGGGCGGCUGGUGGGAGUGACGCAGAGGCGACAGCUGCUGACUGGAAGAAGUGCGACCUGAUUGCAAAGAUUCUGGCCUCUUGUCCCCAGCAGUCUCUUUCCCCAGAGGAUUACUACAGGGAUAUCUGCCCCCAGAUUCUGGAUUUAUUCCACUUUCAAGAUAAAUUGACAGCGCGACAAUUUCAGAGAGUGGCCACCACCACCUUCAUCACUAUGUCAAGAGAACGCCCACAACUGGCGGCGAAGUACUUGCUCCAGCCAGUGUUAGCGCCUCUGCGUCGGUGUCUGAGUACAGCAGAGAUUCCAGAGAGUGACAUGGUGCCAGGGACCAUUUUGGUGACAGAAGAAGAACUUAGUAGAUGUAUUGAGGAUGUAUUUAAGGUGUACGUGGUCGGGAAUGAGCCUUUAGCAGUUUUGGUGGAUUCCCUGCUUCCAGUCCUGGGAGUGUUCUUUUCUCUCUACUCUUUUACCAAGCAGAGUGUGUCACAUAUAAGGUCACUUUGCCAAGAAAUCUUAUUAUGGAUUCUGGGGAAACUGGAGAGGAAGACAGCAAUUGUCAGCCUGAAAGGUUUUGCAGGAUUGGACAAAUCUGUGCCUUCUCUCCAUUCUCUGUGUCAGUUUAGAGCUGCCACUCAAGGUGGCAUAGUGAUUACCAUCAAAGAGGCCAUUCGUGAUGAAGAUGAAGCCCUGUACCAGAAGGUGUCCUCAGAGCAGUGCCAGGUAGAGCAUCUCGCGGACUUGCUGUCCCACUGCCAGGAAAGUGGUUUGGCUGGUGACUUCUUCAUCUUCUGCUUGAAGGAGUUGACUCGUGUGGCCGCGGAGAGUGAAGCAGAGUUAAAAACGCAGCCCUUCUCCAGCAAAAGCCUGUUGGAAUUGGAGCAGCACCAGACUCUUCUGGUGGAAGGCCAAGAGCAGAAGCUGCUGGUCCUACAGCUGGUGGCUGUUCUGUGUGAGAGAAUGUCUGAGCAGAUAUUCACAAACAUCGCUCAGGUGGUGGAGUUUGUAGCAGCCACCCUGCAGCGAGCAUGUGCAAGUGUGGUGCACCAGACGGAGAGUGCCGUCGACUCACAGACUCUGAGCAUGUCCAUGGGGCUGGUGGCUGUCAUGCUGGGAGGAGCUGUCCAGUUGAAAUCAAGUGACUUUGCUGUCCUGAAGCAAUUGCUGUCUCUCUUGGAGAAGGUCUCCCUCACGUACCCGGACCCUGUCAUCCAAGAACUUGCUGCGGACCUCCGCAUCACCAUCUCUACCCAUGGGGCCUUUUCCACCGAGGCUGUCAGUGUGGCUGCCCAGAGUGCCCUGAGCAAAAAGGACCCAGAAGGGAAAAUAGAAGGGCAGCAACAAAACAGUCGUGAGAGGUACACUGAUGUGCCCCAUGGCCAGCUCAACCAACAGCAAAGCCCUGGGAAACCCAACCAAACCAGCCGAGAAUCUAGUGCUCCACUCAGUCCUCCAGAGGUCAGUGAGCCCAGCACUACUACAAGCCAGAAAACUAGAAGCGUAACCACAGAACAGCUCCAGGAAGUUCUUUUAUCUGCUUAUGAUCCUCAAAUUCCAACACGGGCUGCUGCCCUGCGAACUCUUUCUCACUGGAUAGAGCAGAGAGAAGCAAGAGCCCUUGAGAUACAAGAGAAGCUUCUCAAGAUAUUCUUGGAGAACCUGGAGCAUGAAGACACCUUUGUGUAUCUGUCUGCCAUCCAGGGGGUUGCCCUGCUCGCAGAUGCGUACCCUGAGAAAAUCUUGCUUGGCCUGUUGGCUCAGUAUGACGGCAGUAAGGACAAGCACACUCCGGAGACCAGAAUGAAAGUCGGGGAAGUCCUGAUGCGGAUUGUCAGGGCAUUAGGGGAUAUGGUCUCCAAGUACCGAGAACCUCUGAUCCACACCUUCCUGAGGGGAGCGAGAGAUCCAGAUAGCGCUCACAGGGCCAGCAGUUUAUCCAACCUUGGAGAGCUGUGCCAGAGGCUCGACUUUCUGCUGGGCUCAGUGGUUCAUGAGGUAACAGCUUGUCUGAUUGCCGUGGCUAAAACAGACCAGGAAGUUCAAGUGCGCAGAGCUGCCAUCCAUGUGAUUGUGCUGUUGCUUCGGGGACUCAGCCAGAAAGCUACAGAGGUGCUGAGGGACGUCCUCAAGGAUCUCUACCACCUGCUGAAGCACGUAGUGUGUUUGGAGCCCGAUGACGUGGCCAAGCUCCAUGCCCAGCUGGCCUUGGAAGAGCUGGAUGAGAUCAUGAGAAACUUCCUGUUUCCACCACAGAAGCUGGAGAAAAAGAUCGUGGUCCUGCCAUAGACCUGGCAGACUCAAAGGACCUGGAGGAGCCCUGAGGAACCCAGCAGCCAGAGCAGUGCCCGAGCCUUCCAGCAGGUGGCCCCACAAUGUCUUUGAGGCUGGCAAUAUGGCUGACCCUGCAGGUGGCUUUAUGUCUCUGGUCAAGAGGUAUUUCAGAAUAUGAAAAUGCAGUUGGAGGUAGGGAGGGGGAGGAAAUUGUUACUGAACCAUGCAAAAUGCAAUAAAAUGACCCCGGCUGGAAAGGAAACAGGUCUAAAUCUGGCCCUCUGCUAUCGAGAUGGAAAGCUGUGGUGUCAAUCAAGGAGGAUUUGCUCUCCAGGAAAGAGAAUCAGGCUGGUUUCAUCUCUAGAAAAGAAGGGCAAGCCCUGUAUUUGUCCUCCCUGGCCAUUUUCUUUCACGCCCUCUGCUGCUGUUUGCAUGGAGCUGCCCUGGUACUAGGAGAAGGGAGCCACAAACGUCUCAGAUGGAAUCGUGUACGUCCUGUGUUUAGUCCUCUGCUCCUUUAGGGAGGUGAAUGAAUGCUUUCACAGUCGGUUUGUACUGAAUGUGUGUGGACCGAUGCCGGGUUUGUCAGAAUCCUUUCAGGUGUAGCACUGUGGAGUCCUCUUUAUUUAUAUAUUUGGUCACUGGAUUUUAGUUGCAGCUAAGAGAAGACAAAAAGGAGAAGCUUGCUGUUUCCAGGGUACUCCCUAUUGUCAACACCUUGACAAGGCUGACCCUGAGCUCCUUGAUCAGCUCUCAGCUUUGCAGGCCUGGGUACAGAAUUUUACCACAGGACCUGACCCCUGUCUCUGGGGUGAUGAGGCCCCGGGGAACCAGAACACAGUUUUCUAAAACUCUCAGGUGGCUGAAGGAUCUGUAUACAAGCAUGCCUAUUUCUGUGUGUCAGUUAACAACAAGAUAUUUCUUUCUGGCCAGAUUACAAAUACAGUUCUUAUUUUAGAACCUUCGUGAUAUGCAUUCCUUUUAAGAAGUUAAGUCAUAGCCCUUGCGGGUGUAGCUCAGUAGAUUGAGUACUGGACUACGAAGCAAAGGGUCACUGGUUUGAUUCCCAUUCAGGGCACAUGCCUGGGUUGUGGGCCAGGUCCCCAGUAGGGGGCAAGCCAGAGGCAACCACACAUUGAUGUUUCUCUCCCUCUUUCUCCCUCCACCUCUCUCUCUAAAAAUAAAUAAAUAAAAUGUUUUUUUAAAAGUCAACUUAUAGACAGUUAAGGAUCACAAAUUACCUUAGUGAGCCAAGAAGUAGAGCAACGGCUGUUUUAAGGAAUGUUUCCAUUCAGCUGGGGUAGCUGGGCUGAUUUCCAUUCUCCAAAUCAAAGAUAUCCAGCAAAUGAGGAUUGGGGCUCUCAGAGGAGAGAAGACUCUCCUUGGGACCAGCUAGAUAUGCACAAAAAAUCCUUGUUUCUUGACCUUCCUUUAACUAGACUCCAUACAACCCGCAUCACAUAAUCAGACUGAUUGUUAGAUGAUUGACUUAACUUACGCCUUUUUAUUUGAUCCCCACCUAAGGACAUGCACAUCGAUUUGAGAGAGAGGGAGAGAAAAAAGAAUCCACUCUGUGAGAGAUAGAUGUCGUCAGUAGACGUCGUCAGCCUCCUGCACACUCUGCCGUGCGUCUAGGCUCGGGGUUGAACCCGCGACCCCGCCCGUGCCCUGAGCAGAGAUCAAACCCGCAAUCUCCAUCUCCUGGUGUAUGGAUGACUCCCCACCCGAUGAGUCACCUGGGCAGGGCUGACUUACAACUUAUCUGUACUAAAUGCGUUCCCACUCUGAAGACAUGUCCUAGUUGAUCAUGUUGAUUAGACUGAGAAACUCUGCAGUCUAAGAACCUAGUCUCCUAGGACCUCACGAAGUAUUCUAGUCCCUGCAUUUCCAUUUCUAAAUUGCCUCUUUUUCGCCCUGGAUGAGUAGUUUAGUUGAUUGGAGCAUCGUCCCAAUACGCCAAGGUUACAGGUUCCAUCCCCAGUCAACCAAUGCAUGCAGAAAUACAUGGAACAACAAAUCGAUGUUUCUCACUCUCUUGCUCUCUCUGAAAUCAAUUUUUUAAAAAUUAAAUUGCCUUUUAAAAAAUUGUAGAGAAAUGAAGGGAGGGAGAAGGAAAGAGAGAAACAUUGUUUUUCCACUUAUUUACACAUUAAUUGGUUGAUUCUUGUUUGUGGCCUGACUGGGGACCGAACCCAUAACCUGGGCAUAUUGGGAUAACACUCUAACCAACUGAGCUACCCAUUCAGGGCCAAAAUUGGCUCUUAAUUUCACUUAUUUGGCAAGUAAGCAAUAAGCACCUGUCCUUUGUUGAUUUCCAUGGAUUCGAUCCACAGUGACUUUUUUUUACUUUGUUACCAAAUUCAAGGGGAAGAUGACUUAAUGUAACCUUCCUAAACAUGACCAAAAUAUUAAAAGUUUCCAAGUGCCCUGGCUGGUGUAGCUCAGUGGAUUGAGCACAGGCCUCUGAAGCAAAGGGUAGCCAGUUGGUUUGAUUCCCAGUCAGGACACAUGCCUGAGUUGCGGGCCAGGUCCCCAGUAGGGGGCACAUGAGAGGCAACCACACACUGAUGUUUCUCUCCUACUCUUUCUCCUUCCCUUCUCUCUAUAAAUAAAUAAGUAAGUAAGUAAGUAAGUAAAUAAAUAAAUAAAAUACUUUAAAAAAGUUUUCAAGUUAUUAAAUACCAUAUUUUUUGGACUGUAAGACACACUCCCCCACCAAAAAAAUUUUGGAGGAAUAAUGGUUGUUAAUGCUGCUGUUGAGUUCUGUUUACAUUUACAUUGGUAAAAUAUUAUGUUAUUAAAUAUUUUACCACAUUUUUUGCUUCAAAUUUUUUUUUCCUAUUUUCCUCCUCUAAAACCUAGGUGUGUGUUAUGGUUUGAAAAAUAUGUAUGGUAGUUCUUUCAAGUUUAUAUAUAUAAAACCUCCAUCCAUCUCUGGGAUAGAGCAUAAGCACUGAGAACUUUAGAAUGGUAAACACAAAACUUAAAAAAAACCCUCCAGGGGCAGAUGGAUGGCAGGAGCAGCGCUGAUACUUCCCUGCACAGGUCUGUGAGGUGUCUGGCUCUGCGCAGUAACCACACGCCCCCGCUUCCUCCCCCUCUGCCCACCUCUUCUCCCUCGGAGGCCCCCUUCCUCCUGCUCCUUCAGUCUCCCGGCCUCUCGUCUUCGGGCUCCUCCACUGCCCAGUGUUCUGUCGCCCGAACUCCCCUGGAUCGCCCACCUGCUCUUUUACUUGGCCCCUUCCCUCUUCUCCUUUCUUUCCCUUCCUGGUUUCUCCCACCUCUUCCCAGGCCUGCUGUGCGCAGCUCCCUUGACCUGCAGAGCAUGGCACUGUGGCAGGAGCCCAAAGCUGUGGCUGCAGCCAAACCCCAGGAAUCGUGCUCAGGCCUUGACUUCUUGUUCAGGUUAGGCUUCCUGGACAUUCUAGAGAGUUUCCCUUUCUGCUGUGUUCUUCCUUCCUGGCACAAACUUGACCUUCUGCAAGUGCUCUGUUAUUGAAUCAGAAAUCUCAGUUUAUACUUUGCUCUUUAUCUCUCCACACUCAUAACUUUUACAUAUUUCCUAAUAUUCUUUUCCUUCCUUCAUCCUUCUUCUUCAUUCCUUUACUUCCCUGUGGCUGUACCCACCCAUCCACAUAUAAGGGCCGAGGUGUCAAAAACUGGACGGUAGGGAAGCAAACCACAGACAUCAGUGACAACAGUUUAUUGAGCACCUACUAAGUUCCAGUUGGCUGCACCAGACACACUGCAAACACAGCAGUAAACAAAGCUGACAAAACCCUUGCCCUUGGGGAAGCUUACUUCAUAGAGGAAGGAGACAGAUAAUAAGAUUAAUAGGAUAGACAAAAUGUCCAAUGUUGUUCAAUGCUAUAGAGAAAAAUAAAGUGGGGGAGGGGGUUGAGAAGCAUAUGGGGAUGGGAGCUGUGAGUUUAGGUAGCUUGUCCAGAAGAGGACUCAGAGAAGUUGAUGUGUGAGUGAGGAUCGGAAGGAGGGGAAGAGCAUUCCAGGCAGAGGCCCAGAGGGGAGUCUCUCUGGAGGCCGGUGUGGCUGCAGCAGA